AUAGCAUUCCCGAAAGGCUAAAGCUAAUACCAAAUGGACUUGAUGUCUACUCAAUCAAAUGACCAACUAAAUCCCUUAACAAGUGUUUAAAAUGGCCAAGAAAACAUAAAUGGGAUUCCGGUGGAUAUUUUGGAACCAGGUCUCUCUUCAUCCCAACACCUGCCUGGAAGAAGAACAAGUAAUGCACUGUGAAUUUACUUUGUCAUCUGAUAACAACUCAUUGCUGAUCUCUUCAGUCUAUGGGUCUCACACUGUGCGGGAUAGAAGACUUCUUUGGAACCAACUUCAGACUAUUUGCCCUGAGGGUAAGCGCUGGAUUAUUGGGGGGGGGGGACUUCAAUGACAUCUCCUCCUUCCAAGAAUUUAAGGGCAGAUGCAUCACUCAAAGUAUGGAUGACUUCAAUGAAUGCAUAUCCAACUGUAAUCUGAUUUGCCCUGAUCCAGUUGGGGGUAUUUUUACAUGGUCCGGCGUUAGGAGCCAAGGGAGAACCUGGAGAAGGCUUGAUAGAGUACUGAUUAACCUUGAUAUCAUGGCCUCCUUUGUUGACAUUACCCUUACCCACCUAGCCAGGACCAAUUCUGAUCACAAAGCUCUUCUGCUUAAUUGCUCAAAUCCAGAACUGAACUCUUGGACACUUCAUGAUACUUUUCACAGUUUGGUUAAGGAUACAUGGGAAUCAACACAGCUUGCCAAUGCCAAACUUAUAAAGGCAGUUAAUGAUGAAGUAGUGUACUGGAAACAAAAAGCGAACAUCAGAUGGCUUGACAAAGGGGAUGCAAACUCAAAGCUCUUCCAGGCCUUUCCUAAGAGGAAGAGGAAGAAGCUUUCAAUCACUCAUAUUCUCUCAACAGAAGGGAAGGGUCUUUCCUCCCCAGGGGACAUAAAAGAAGUUGCUCUAACCCAUUUCCAAAAACCCUACAAGGCUGAUCAUAAUCCUAUUCUUGAGCCAAUUAUUCCUCUCAUCCCAAAGGUUAUAAUCCUGGAAGACAACUCCCUCCUUACUGCUUUACCAACUUUGGAGGAAGUUAAAAGAUCAGUCUGGGAGCUUGAUGGUAACAGUGCAAGUGGUCUUGAUGGAUUUAAUGGAAACUUCUUCAAACACUGCUGGGAGAUUAUCAAGAGAGAUGUCCUUCUAGCCUCCCAGAAAUUCUUCCUUGGCGUGCCUGUCCCUAGGGCCUAUGGCAGCACCUUGCUAUCCCUUAUCCCCAAGAUUGGUAAUCCCAAGAAAUUUGAUGAUUUUAGGCCAAUAUCUCUGUCAACUUUCAUGAGUAAGAUUAACACAAAGAUAUUGGCCAAUAUGCUCAAAUUGCUCCUGCCCAAACUCAUCUCUCCUGAGCAAGUUGCUUCCCAACAAGGCAAAUCCAUUGAUGAAAACAUUCUUAUGGCUGAAGAGGCUGUCCACCUACUUGAUAAGAAGACCAUUAACCAAAUGGGGAGGUUGAUCCUUAUCAAACAUGUCCUCUCCUCUAUCCCAUUACAUAUUAUGGCUGUCCACACCAUCCCUAAAUCCAUCAUCAAUGCCCUGAACUCCUCCAUGGCCAACUUCUUUUGGGGGCAGAAGCAAGGUAAACCUACUGAGGUAGGGGGUUUGGGCCUCAAAAACAUUGAAAGACUUCAAAAAGCUUACUGCUUAAAGCUAUGGUGGAAGAUCCAUAAUGACCAAGGCAUUUGGGCUUCUUUCAUGAGAGGUAAAUACUUGAAGUCAGGCACUAUCAACGAAAGGAUAACAGACUCCCAUGUUUGGAAGAGAAUCAGCAGAAUCAAUGACAUUGGAGAGACUUACAGUUCCAGAUAUAAGAUGGGAAUGUCAUGGGAUGGUGGUUCAUUCACCCUCAAGAGAGCUUUCAUAAUGGGGGAAAUGGGCUACCCAAAUUUGACCUCCAGCAAGAACAUUUGGCACAAGACUCAAAUCCCCAAGCUUAAGAUGUUUCAAUGGAGAGUUCUAAACGAAGCCUUACCCUUCCCUCACAACUUGCGAAGAUUUGGCUACUCCCUCCCUAGUUGUUGCACUCUCUGCAGAAGGGAUGAAGACUCAUUGGACCACUCCGUACUUCAUUGCUCCCUUAGUACACAAGUUUGGCACCACUUUAGCUCCUUUGUUAUGGGCCCCACUGUACAGAAGGGUUUUACUCUUCACCAGCAUAUGAUAGCUUGGUGGGUUACUGGAAAUGAGAAGAACUUCAAAGGGAUGGGUGUGGUUGUAGGGCCUCCAAUGAAAAGCAAACCAGGGGGAAUGAAUGGCCUUCUUUUGGGCUGAUUUUGGGGGAUGUAUUCAGCCAACUAGGGGGGCAAUGGGAAAGGAUAAUGUGUGGUACUUUGGCUGCAUAUAUGAGGAUUUAUUUGGUGGUUAAAGGGUUAAGAAAGUACCAUGUUUCUCCUGGACUUUUAUGGUUGUUUAGUGGGUUGUACUAGGGAACAUAGUAGGGACCAUGUUGGGUGGAUGUUGGAAGAUGAAUGGGGCUGUUUUGGUUUCCUAUUGUGACCAGGGAUUAAAAUAGAUAGAAGAGACUUUAUUUUGGAUAUCAAAAGGAAAUAAAAUACUUUUGGAUGU